AUGAGAUCCUUCCGAUGGCUACCAAACGAGGGCCUCGUCCUUCUCUUACUGGCACUCGCAUCGUCGACUUCGGCGAAUCCGUGGCACCAACGAUACAACGAUCCAACGAAGAAAUCUCUGCCGCCAUCGUUGCACCACCAGACACGUGGAGGGUACGCCAACAUCCGUACCAAGAAACCACACCGCAACUGGCUUGGCUAUACGUCCGGCACUGCCAAUGAAGCCCCCACCAUUCCUUGGACCCCUUGGAGUCUGGAAGAAAGCACCGAAGGCGGGGUCCCCUUUCUGUUCCCCCAUCAUCUUGAUCCAUUUGGAGAAGCACGCCAACAAGAAAGACACCAUCCACAGGAAAAUCCAGAACGGCUCUCCUAUGUGGACGAACUUAAGCGACAAGUGGCAAAAACUUCGGAGGAAGCUGCACUGCGAGACGCCACGGAAAACUCCCAAAAUCAAGACAUUUCGCGGCUAGAUCUCACCCUUUUUGCUUCCUACAUGAGCCAUGCCAUCGCCAUGACGUUACCCAUUGUCUUGCUUCCGUUGGUGGCUGCGGAGCAUGUCGCCGUCAACAGCCACUUCAGGUUGUCAGCUGCAGCUGUCGUUGCCUCGAUGGCUUCCAUCAUGACAUUGGGUGGAGGCGUGGGGAAGAUUCUCAAUGGCUUUGUCUGCCAAUCCCUGGGUGGAUCUCGAUCCUCCUCUUUGUAUCUGACGGCAUGGGCAGGAGCUGCCUUCUUGUUAUCCACUAGUGCUGCCUCCCAAGCGGGAUGGAUAUUGGCUUUGAUGGAGUUUCUAGCGUCCAUUCAGUGGACAGCCAUGUCUUUGGUUUUGGCCAACCAUUAUGGCAAACGAUCACCCGCAAAGUUUGCUAGGGGUAUCACCAUCCUGAGUUUGGCUUCGACUUCUGGCACUCUCUUGGCCAAGACAGGGGGCACAGCCUUGCUCCAUUAUUUCGACAAUUCAUGGCGUGCCGUGGCUCGCGUUGCUAGUGUUGCCGCCCUGCUAGGAGCUGCCACGAUGAGACUCGUUUCGGAGCAUCCCAACAACGCACGGGUGCCAAGACAAAGCAAUAAUACGCCUCAAGCCACUGCCAUUGGCGAUUCUCUAAAGGCUGUCCUGGGCAAUCCUCUCUUUUGGCAAGUAGGCAUUGCUCAUGCGACAGCCAUGGUGGCAAGGACCAGUGACCGGAUCCUCGGUUCCUUUUUUCAUCAAACAACAGAUCUGCCGCGUUCUGUUUGUGGUGGUCUCACAGCGUUUGUCACGAUUGGUUUUGUCCGUGGAUUGAUCCGAGGGAGAAAAUUUCACACUCUGAAAGACAUUCCUUCCAAAACACAAAUGCUGUCAAAGGCUUACAGUGCUUGUGCUCUGUCCGCUGUGGGUAUGGCACUGUGUGCCAACAGGUGGAUCCAGGAGCUCUUGUUUCCCUCGAAAUACAUCCUAGCUGCAACAAUAGCAGCUCUAUCGGGCAUCUUGGCCUCCAACAUUUCAUUCCAAUUCUAUCAAAUCCCAGCCAUGACAGCAACUGCGUUCUUUGGACCCAACAAGGCGCUGUGCCUUUCGCUACUGGAUGGCUUGGGUUUCUUUCUCGCCGCACCCGUGUGGGCCGCUACGGGUAAGAUUGUGGAAGGUGCCGGUCCCCAUGGUUGGACGUUGGCAUGGUUCCUCUUGGCGGGAAUGUUUUCUGCUGGAGGCAAAACUAUGAUAGGAGCUCUACCAAUGAUUUUGAAACGACAACAGCAGCAACAACGAGCGGCGGCCGCUGCCUAA